AUGAAGGCCGUUAUCUGUGUUCUUGUUACACUCGCCGCGGUCUCAGGCGCUUCUCCUUCUCCCAGCUUCUUGCGCCAGGAGGACAGCAGAUGCACGGAUGCCGGAAAAAUAGCUGAAGUCGACAGACUGCUCUUUCAAGUCGAUAUGGCUACUUUCACCAAGGUUCGGGAUGCGAAGAACCCGUCUUGCUUGGACUGGUCAUCCGAUGGUUGCUCACACUCGCCCGAUAAGCCUUCGGGAUUCGACUUUAAACCAUGCUGCAGAAGGCACGACUUUGGGUAUCGGAACGCUAAGGCGCAAAACAGAUGUUCCCACAACUUGAGGAAGCGUAUUGACCAGAACUUAAAGGAGGACAUGUUGCGAGUCUGUGGCAGCCUCUCCCGCCGCUGGUCCUGGCCGUGGGGCAAGUCCCAUAGGAAAAAGUGUGAGAGUUGGGCAGAAAACUACUAUGACGGAGUGAGAAAUUGGGGCCGAGGUUCCUGUGGCCCUCGCGUACCCGACAAAAUUUGA